UUCUUUCUUUUUUAAAAGAAGAAUAUGUCUGUGGUGCAUCAUCUGUCACCAGGAUGGUUACUAGAUCAUCUUUCUUUCAUUAACAACAUAAACUAUCAACUUCACCAGCAUCGUGAGCCUUGCUUGAUCUCUUUUCGAACCUCUUCUACAUUUAUUGCUUUUGACUCUACCUCUAAGCCAGAUGAUGAUGACAGAGGAAAUAGUGAAAUCUUCAUACAGAAAUAUGUUUUUCGAUCUGAGCUGUUUAAUGUCACCAAACCUUAUAUAACUCCAGCUGUUCACAAAGAAUGCCAACAAAGGAAUGAAAAGGAGGAUCCAAUGAGUGGUGUUAAAGAAGAAAACUUCAAUUCUAUUAUUGGCAAGAAGCAUAAAAGAUGUGUUGUUUUCAAUCAAGGUGAAUUGGAUGCUAUGGAAUACCAUACAAAGAUCAGGGAACUGAUUUUGGAUGGCUCUUCAGAGUUAAUCCAAGAAGGUCUCAAGAGUGGCUUUCUUCAUCCACUUUCUGAAAAAUGGAAAAAGUGUAGUGAGUCCAUUACUUUACCACUUGAUACCUGCAAUUUGUCAGAAUUAUGUGCAAUGGCAAAGCAUUUGCCUUCUCUGAAUGAAAUGGAACUUCAGGCAUUACAAUUGAUGGAAGAGGAUAUGUCUGUUACAGAACAGGAUUUAUUUUCACGGAUUGUUGAAAACAACUCUAGCUUUACAAAAAUUAUUACUUUAAUGGGACAGAAAUACCUGGUGCCACCAAAAAGCAGUUUUCUUUUGUCUGACAUUUCUUGCAUGCAUCCACUUCUGAACUGUAGGAAAACAUAUGAUGUAAUUGUGAUAGAUCCACCAUGGCAGAACAAAUCAGUUAAAAGGAGUAACAAGUACAGUUAUUUAUCACCACUGCAAAUAAAGCAGAUACCUAUCCCUAAACUGGCUGCUCCAGACUGUCUUGUUAUUACUUGGGUGACCAAUAGACAGAAGCACCUACGUUUUGUAAAGGAAGAACUUUAUCCUUCUUGGUCUAUUGAGGUAGUAGCUGAAUGGCACUGGGUAAAAAUCACCAAUUCAGGAGAGUUUGUGUUCCCAUUAGAUUCUCCACACAAAAAGCCUUAUGAAGGUCUUAUACUGGGGAGAGUUCGAGAAAAAACUGCUCUACCGUUAAGGAAUGCAGAUGUAAAAGUGCUUCCUAUUCCAGAUCACAAGUUAAUUGUCAGUGUGCCCUGUACUCUUCACUCACAUAAGCCACCACUUGCUGAGGUUCUAAAAGACUAUGUCAAGCCAGAUGGGGAAUGUUUGGAAUUGUUUGCUCGAAAUUUACAGCCGGGUUGGACUAGUUGGGGCAAUGAAGUUCUCAAAUUUCAACACAUGGAUUAUUUUGUUGCUCUGGAGUCUAGAAGCUGACUGUGGUCUAAAAGUUGUGAUUUUCUUCAGUUUUUCCUCACCCCUCUCCCUUCGUUCUAACUGAUUGUUCCUUUUUUUACCAAUGAGUGUGCUUAGAAAUGUAAACGGGGUGCGGGGUGCCUGGGUGGCUCAGUCCGACUUCGG